UGUCGAAGGUUGUGCGAGGAGAAGCCAGUUUACACAAUCAAUUCCAAGGCUGAAAUAUUGUAAUGAAUAAGUGCCCAUCGAAAUCGGAACCGAAAACAGCGAACCCAGUGACGAGUGACUGACUGAAAGUGUGCGACCGCAAAUCAUAAAAAAAACCGAGAGUGAAAAACCGAAAGUAACCAAACAAUCCCAUUUCGAGUCAUGCAAAAACCCGCGCCCACGGAUCCAUCAGUGCACGACUGCUGUUAGGCCGUGAAUGAUGUGCUGCCACCGAUCCGGAGAACCAUGUCGGAGACAAGCUUGCGUGCCAACUCCUGUAUCGAAUUAUCCGAAAUCAAGAAGCUGGACAGUUUGCUGCGACAAUGUGAAACGCUAAGCUACGACGACCUGUCCUCAAGCAGCAAUGGCGACCACGAGCUGGCAGACUACAUGGAACCGAAGGGACGCUUGAAGCGGAGGAACUCGUCAGCCAAUCUGAUCACGACACCGCCGAUCACCAAGACGGCCAUCGGGACGCUUUCGAAUUUGAACAUUUUCACCAGUGCUAAAAAGAUCAUGCGGAUGGUAAAUGAAAACUCGGCCUACUACGACCGAAACUGUUUGCUACCCCAGAAAAGCCAGGACAGCUACAAAACCAAAAGCUGUUCGAAUCUGCAGAAACCGAUGUGCUACGGAAAUCACAAGGCGAACGACUUUUUCAGUAUAUCGGAAAAUUUCCUAUCGACUGCUGCUGUCACUUCUCCUGUUCGCGAAGUGGAUUGUAGUGAAUGUGAAUGCCACUGUCCACUGCCCCCGGUACCGGAACCGACGACGGUGGCUGCCCAUGCCGAUAACAGCGCCAACAACAGCAGCAUCGGUGGUAACCAGAAUGCCCUCAGUCAGAAAGCAAUCCGCAAGCGUAGGCCAACGGAGAAGCAAAGCAAUAAUCACCACCAUCAUCACAGUCAUCAUCCGCCGUCGAAGGAUAGCAGUCACGUCACGUCUCCCACCGCCACCGCCGCCCGUAGACCGAGCAAACUAGACAAUGCGUACCCAAAACACCGAAAGUUCGACGUCGACGAUGAGAAUCGUAUCGUUAAUAUCAACGAAACGCCCAAAAUUGUUCCUAUUUCGCUGACCAGUAUCAACGAUUCGGCCUCGUUCGAAGGAGGAGCUGGGUGCUGCGGGGAUGACGUCGCCGGGAUGGGUGAACACCGAGCGUCGAUACGGCAUCAGAAAUCCCUCGAUAACAAAUCGGAUAAAUCACAGCUUUCGCAGGCUAACAGCACCAAAUCCCGGUCCAAGUUCUCUCCCCCAUACCUAAGCCGCAAGAUUUCCCACAAGACCCAAGGCAGCGUCGGUCCGGGAGACGGCGAAGCGACAGGCGAGGGCGGUGCGAAGGAGUCGCUUCUGGGACACACAUUCGAGAAAAUUCUCACAGAGCCGGUCGAAACCGUCCUAUCGCUCGGCGCCGAUGUACUACCGGAAUACAAGCUACAGAGUCCACGUGUUCACAAAUGGACAAUACUGCACUACUCUCCGUUCAAGGCGGUGUGGGACUGGAUAAUAUUAAUAUUAGUUAUGUAUACAGCAAUAUUUACCCCGUACGUAGCAGCAUUUUUGCUGAACGAACCUGACUUUAAUCAAAGAAAGAAUCGCAAAUAUGCUGAUGACCCAAUUGUGAUAAUUGAUUUAAUAGUUGAUGUAACAUUUGUCAUAGAUAUAUUAAUUAAUUUUCGAACGACGUUCGUCAACGGUCAGGAUGAGGUGGUAUCGCAUCCGGGCCGCAUCGCGGUGCAUUAUCUGAGCGGCUGGUUUCUGAUCGACCUGGUGGCGGCGAUCCCGUUCGACCUGCUGCUGGUCGGAAGUGAUACGGACGAGCUUGGCUUGGACAAAGAUGAGACAACGACUCUGAUUGGUUUAUUGAAAACGGCACGUCUAUUGCGUCUAGUGCGAGUGGCAAGAAAGAUCGAUCGCUAUUCGGAAUAUGGCGCUGCUGUUUUAGUAUUACUGAUGGCUACCUUUGCACUAAUCGCUCACUGGCUGGCUUGUAUUUGGUACGCGAUAGGCAACGCCGAACGGCCGUUUAUGAAGAACAAAAUUGGCUGGUUGGACGCGUUGGCCGACGCCACCCAGGAGUAUUACUAUGCCAACAACACCGGUGGAGGUCCGUCGAUAAAGUCACGAUACGUGACCGCUCUGUACUUCACCUUUACCUCGCUGACGUCGGUGGGUUUCGGGAAUGUGGCGCCGAAUACAGACGCCGAGAAGAUUUUCACGAUAUGCGUCAUGUUGGUUGGAUCCCUCAUGUACGCCAGCAUCUUCGGUAACGUUUCGGCCAUCAUUCAACGGUUAUACUCCGGCACGGCACGAUAUCACACACAGAUGUUGCGUGUUCGCGAGUUCAUUCGGUUUCACCAGAUCCCCAACCCACUGAGGCAGCGGCUGGAGGAGUACUUCCAGCACGCCUGGACCUACACCAACGGCAUCGACAUGAACUCGGUGCUGAAAGGGUUCCCCGAGUGCUUGCAGGCCGAUAUCUGCUUGCAUCUCAACCGGAACCUGCUCAACAAUUGCUCCGCCUUCGAAGCAGCCAGCCCUGGCUGCUUAAGAGCACUUUCGUUAAAGUUUAAAACCACCCACGCUCCGCCCGGUGACACCCUGUUGCACAAGGGGGACGUCCUCACGUACCUAUACUUUAUAGCACGUGGCUCGAUAGAGAUAUUGAAAGACGACGUAGUCAUGGCGAUAUUAGGCAAAGAUGAUAUUUUCGGGGAAAAUCCCUGCAUUCACUCGACGCUGGGAAAAUCAAACAGUAAUGUUAAAGCACUAACUUAUUGUGAUCUACAUAAGAUUCAUAGAGAUGACUUAUUAGACGUGUUAGAUUUAUUUCCGGAAUUUUAUGAUAGUUUUGUAAAUAGUUUGGAAAUUACGUAUAAUAUGAGAGAUGAGGAGCAAGCGGGCAUAGAGUUAAGGCAUCGACAUAUGCGACUCGGGUCACAGGAUAGGGAUAGCGAUACACGAUCCUAUGUUAGGAGGAUAAACACGGUGCAUCAACGACCGAGUCAGACCAAAUGUGAUAUUCCAAAUGAUAGAAGUUCGGGACAAAUAAGCACUAACUUCGAUGACGAUCGAAAGUUUUCUAUAUCAGGAAUGAUGUCUCAUAUAAAGAGAAGCAUACCAGAUCUUAGAUCGAACAGACAUCAACCAUUGACCAGUACUUGUGCAUCUCCAAACGAGAGCCCCAAGAGCUCGCACAAGCACAGUCCGCCCAGUGACCACCAGUCGCCGAAGGGAGUUGCCCCGGAUACAGUCACGCUGAGCGCCGUCAGCAAUCGAGGCUGCAUUUGCGUCGGUGGAAAGGACGGUGGUCCCAUCGGUCGCCCCAGUGGACCCAUCGAUCUCAAGUGCAGUCCGGACGUGGAGGAUGUAUUCCACCAUAGCGCACCAAUGACCGGUAGCAGGGACGCCAGUGACCACCACCUUCACCAUCACCAUCAACCGCAACAGCCGCAGCAGCAGCCGCAUCUGCACUUGCAUCGCGAUAAUCUAGGAUCAUCACUAACAAAUCAAUUAUCUGAUUUAACGAUAAGACUAGAUAGCCUAGAAGGUAGCCUAAGGAAAGAUAUCAGAACGAUUCUAGACAUACUGCACCAGCAGCAGCAGAUGCAGCUGCAGUUUCAUCACCAGCAGCUGCACCACCAGCAGCAGCAGAUGCAGCAGUCCGGCAAGACUGCGAUGUCAUCGUAUCAACCGUCCGAGAGUGAUUUCUCCUUCGACAUGUGUGCCGGUGCCGGAGAUGCCGCCAGCGGCAGUAUAGCCAAGCAUGGUGGAUUAGCGCCGCAGCUGCGGACCAACGUGCAACGGUCCGUCUCGCAGCCCGAGUGCGCCAACGAGAAAAGCCUUUUCAAGUGCUCAAAGUUUUCUUCAUUUAAUCAACCAAUGGAAGACACCCCGGAGGGUCACAAUUGGAACAUUUUCGCUCCAAUCGCCAAGCUCGAGUCGUUGGAUGAAAUUGAUCAGGAUAGUAAACACUCCAUGAGUCAAGACAAGCCUCAAUAACGCAUACUUUAAGACGGACGCGAGAUAGUCGUUUAGCAGCAGUAAUAGUCUAGCAAAAAAACCAAAACAACAAACAAAACCAACUUUAGCUCCUCCUCUAGCCGAAAAACAAACAAACAAAAAACUCGUAUAAUGUUGAUUGUAAAUAUUGCUUGAAAAUAAUUUCAGAUGUUGAUCUUUAAUUAUAUUAAUCGGUUCCGUAAACAAAAUGGAAACAGCAACCAAAAACAAAACAACUGUACAUUUUUUCAUAUAAAUAAUGAGCAUAAUUUAUACGAAAAAAAAAUAUCAGCAGAUUUUUACGAUGAGCAAAAAGAGAAAAGCAAAUAUUACCAGAAAAAUCAUGAAAAAUACUCAAAAAAAAACAACAACAAACAAACAAACACGCAUAGUUGAAACGCAGUGAUUAAGCCCGACAGCGCGCGAGUGACAAAACGAACGAAACCAAAAUGAAGCGAAAUGGAAUGCUCCAUUUUUAGUUGUUAUCAAUUCAAACCUAGAGCUGAUACGGCAAAAAUGCUAAAUCUCACACACUUUUAGGAAUUUAUUACCAUUAAGUAAUUUCAAUUCGAAGAUGAUUUCGUCAUUUUCUUAGAUGCAAUUUUUCAUACCAAUUCCCCUCCUUAGGUGGCAUUAUGUUGAAGUACCAAAACGUAAAUACUCGAAACGAGCAACAUUUGUAAGCCCAUCUGUAAGUAAUAAGUUAGUCAAAGAUUUGUUUAGCAGUUGAGCAGUAUUAACUAUUGUUCAGAAGUAAAUUAAUUUUCCAAAGGAGUAAAUUCGAGGGAAAAGACGUUAGUGAAUGCUAAUUAAUGAAUAGAGAAAACAAAACAAAAAUCUAGGAUGGUUAUGAUAAAGUGAUAAAAACGAAAAAUGACAAAACAAUACACAUCCACAAAAACAAAGAA